GGGGGCGGGGCGCCGGAGGGCGAGCCCUCUCUCGGGGACGUCCCCUGCGUCCCCCCCGUGAUGCCCCUACUGCACCCCUCCCCGGACGCCCCCUCAGUCCGGCCGCUCGCCGGACUUCAGGACGGGGGCGGAGUCGGCCCUGACAGGGCCGGGGGCAGCCGGGUGCUGGCGUGUGCUCGGGAGAGCGGCUCCCGCCCCGGCCGCCGAGGAUCGGCGACGAUAAACGUUACUGUUGGCGGGCGCGACGGGAGAGGCUGCGCCCACGUUCCCGGCCCUUCUUUCCACUGGUGAAGCCGAGCCCUGCAGCCAGCCAGGCGUCCUCGGCGCCCCAGGCUCAGGGCGACCCCGGCCCCUUCCUUCCUGCGCAAGUGCUGCGCGGGCGCCCCGGCCUCCUCCGCACCCGGCCUCCGGGCGGCUCUCCGCGCGCAGGUUUCUACGUAUGGAUCAGAAACUUUCAGAGUUGGUGGAAGAGCUCACAACUUCAGGAGAGCCCCAAGUGAAUCCCGAGAAAAUGAAGGAGCUGAAGAAAAUUUGCAGGUCUUCAGAGGAGCAGCUUGGCCGCACCUACCACCUGCUGAUGGCCCAGCUGAGCCAGGAGCACGCCGAGGUCCGCCUCUCCGCUUUCCAGGUCCUGGACCAGCUCUUUGCCAGGUCUCACCAUUUCAGGAUGCUAGUCGUUUCCAACUUCCAGGAGUUCCUGGAGCUCACACUGGGCACCGACCAUGAGCGGCCCCUGCCGCCGCCCAGAGAGGUGGCACAGAAGCUGAGGCAGGCCGCCACCCGGGCCAUCCGCGGCUGGAACGAGAAGUAUGGUACAGCCUAUAAGAAGCUGGCCCUGGGCUUCCACUUCUUAACGCACAACAAACAGGUAGAUUUCCAAGAUGUGGACGCUAGGACUCUGGCGGAGAGAAAGCGAGCAGAAGAGAAACAGAAGCGCUUGGACAGAAUCUACAAGGAGAGGUCUGAGCAGGCCGCGCGGGAGAUGGAAGAAAUGUCCGGGGAGAUCCGGAGCUGCCUCAUGGAGCUGGAGAGCUGCUUCCGACUGCUGGUGCCCUUUGACCUUGACCCGACCCCGGGGGCUGCCUGGCCCGCCAUGGCCGAGGAGGGUGGCAGGGACGAGGAACAGCCCUGCUGCAGCAAGACCCUGGCCGCCUGCACCCGCCGCCCGGGAGCCGCGGGUGCGGAGGGCCCGCCCGCGGAGGACAGGGACGAGGACAGCGACCCCGAAGGGUUUGUGCGGCACCACGGGCUGGGCUCCCGCGAGUACACGCUCGAGGUGGAGCUGUCCUCAGACAGCCUGAAGGUGCACGAGGAUGAGGACAACCUGGUCAUCAUCCACGUGGUCCGGGACACGCUCAGGCUCAUCCAGAACAAGUUCCUGCCAGCCGUGUGCUCCUGGGUCCAGCUGUUCACCCGCGCAGGGACGCGUGGCAGGCACUUGGAGGGUGCUAUCGACCUGAAGGCCGAGCUGGAAACCGCUCUGAGGAGAUCUCGGGAGCUGGAUGUCAUGCCUGAGGAGGGCUGCAGGCGGGAGGCGGCAGCCCCGCGGGACGAGGAUGAGGACGACGAUGACUUCGUGGAGGUCCCGGAGAAGGAGGGCUAUGAGGCCUGCGUCCCUGAGCACCUGCAGCCUGAGUGUGGGCUGGAGAAAGACCCGGCCACGCCGGCCUCGCAGGCGAGGAAGAGGACGGGGAGCAGUGAGGAGGCCUGCGACCCCACCUCUGCGGCAGCCCAGCUGCACUGGCUCCAGCGCCACUUGCCCCCAGCCUCACCCCCGAGCCCCAGGGUGCCGCUGGGUCCAGAGGAGGCCAAGAAGCUGGCGGCAGAGCGGGCCCGGGCACCUGUCGUGCCCUUCGGGGUGGACUUGUGCUACUGGGGCCGAGAGGAGCCGAUGGCUGGGAAGAUCCUCAAGUCUGACUCGGAGCACCGCUUCUGGAAGCCCCGCGAGGUGGACACGGAAGUAGAGAGUGCCGCUGUCUCUGAGUCUCUCCGGAGCCGCCAAAUCACCUUUGCGGGGCGAUUCGAGCCCGUGCAGCACCGGUGCCGUGCCCCCCGGCCCGACGGCCGGCUCUGCGAGCGCCAAGACCGCCUGAAGUGCCCUUUCCACGGGAAGAUCAUCCCGAGAGAUGACACGGGACGGCCCCUCCAUCCGGAGGACAGGGCCCGCGAGCAGAAGCAGAAGCAGCAGCUGCAGGGGCCGGCGGGCCGCCCAGCCUGGCAGGACCCUGAGCUCAUGAGGGACGUGGAGGCAACCACUGGGGUGCAUCUUGGCUCAUCCAGGCCUGGUGGGAAGGGCAGGCGGCGGCGGUCCGGCCUCACCGACCUCAAGCGGCAGGCGGACACAGCGCGUGCACGCAUCGCCAAGAAGGUCUUCGCCAAGGCCGCUGUGCAGAGGGUGGUCACAGCCAUGAACCAGAUGGACCGGAAGAAGCAUGAGAAGUUUGCAAACCAGUUUAACUACGCGCUGAAUUAGAGCGCCAGGCCGGGUCCACUCUGAUCGUCAGCUCCUCUUCUGCUGAUGAGCUAGGAUGGGAAGGCAGACCCGGGUCUGGGCUAUAACAACAGCCACAAUUAUAGUGUGUAUUUAACGUGAAGAAAUGGUGCACUUUCUGCUUAAAGUGCCCCAGAGGUGUGGACUCUCCCCUGCUGCGGGGGACCACGGCCAUCGCUUAUGGGUCUGACUGCCUAGUAGCCCGGGGUGAACUCGGGUAACCAUGUCCACAGGUGGGUGUCUUGUACAGCCUGUGCCCUUUGUGGUGUGAUUCAGGGUCGCUCAACGUCCAAGACGAGUGCGCAGCCUCCAGCCCUGCCCCCCAGCCUUCUCCGCCUCGGAGGAAAACCCACAUUUCACGUUGACACGAUGGGGAGCCAGCUGUUUGCUCUCGGUGUUUCCAGCUCAUAGGCCUGCUGGUGGUGGUUCCACGUCAGAAUGCAGGGAACUACCUCACUCUUGGUUCUUCUAAAAUCAACUUUAUUGAGACGUAACUCACGUACUGUAACGUUCAUGCCUUUAAAGCGUACAGUUCGGUGACGUUAAAUACACUCACAGUGUUGUACAGUCUCCACCACUGUCUACUUCCAGAACUUUUCAUCACCCUAAAAGAAACCCUGCUCCCCCAGCCCCGGCCCCCUCUGGUCUCCUGUUUCUGGAUUUGCCUUUGCUGGACGUUUCAUGUGAAUGGAGUCAUAGCAGCCUGUGGCCCUUUGUGUCUGGCUGCCUUCACUUAGCACAGAGUUUUCUAGGUUCUUCCCUGCUGGGGCCUCUGUCCGUGCUUCAUUCCUUUUUAUGACUGGAUAACUCACCACUGCAUGAACAUACUGCACUUUGUUGAUCCGUUCAUUGUGGACAUUCGGGUUGUCUGCACUUCGGGGUUAUUAUGCAUGAUGUUGCUAUGACCAUUUGUGUACAAGUUUUUGUGUGGGCGUAUAUUUUCAUUCCUUUUGGGUUUAUACCUAGAAGUGGAAUGGCUGGGUCACGUGGUAACUCUGUGUUUAACUUAUUGAUUGAAUUGCCAAAACAUUUUCCAAAGCCGCUGCACCGUUUUCUGUCCCCACCAGCAGUGUAUUAGGGUUCUCGUUUCUCCGUGUUCUUGCCAACAUUUGCUUUUAUCAGUCUUUUUAAUUUUAGCCAUCUUGGUGUGGAGUGGCGUAUCAUUGUGGUUUGAUUUGACUAAGGAUAUUGAACAUC